AUGUCCAUUUCGAUCGAGAAGAUCCUCGCGGCGACUCCCGCAACCUCGCGGGGUCAGCCUACACAGCUGUCCACCGACCCAAAGGGUGAGAGGUUAGCAUAUGCUUCUGGCAAAUCUAUCUUCCUCCGCUCCAUCGACAACCCCUCGGAAUGCAAGCAGUACACUGGCCACACGACGGCCACGACCGUAGCCAAGUUCUCGCCGUCGGGCUUUUGGGUGGCCUCGGGUGAUGCUUCCGGCACCGUGCGUGUCUGGGACGCCGUCGAGGCCGUCAACACCAAGGGCGAGUACCAUAUCAUCUCGGGUCGCAUCAACGACAUCGCUUGGGACGGCGACAGCCAGCGAAUCAUUGCCGUUGGCGACGGCCGCGAACGAUUCGGCCACUGCAUCACGGCCGACUCGGGCAACAGCGUCGGCGAGGUCUCGGGACACAGCAAGGUCAUUAAUGCCGUCGCCAUUCGAGGCAUGCGACCCCUGCGCGCCGCCACCGUCAGUGACGACAUGGCCCUGUGCUUCCUACACGGCGCCCCCUUCAAAUUCAACAGCAAGCACAGUGGUAUCCACAAGGGAUUCGUGUUUGCCACCCAGUUCUCCCCGGAUGGCAACCUUUUGGUGACGGUGGGCGCCGACAAGAAGAUCCAGCUGUACGACGGCAAGACGGGAGAGCCGACAAGGACCUUUGGCGAGGGUGAGCACACGGGCAGUAUCUUUGCUGUGAGCUGGAGCCAGGACAGCAAGAAGAUUGUCACGGCCAGCGCAGACCAGACUGUAAAGGUGUGGGAUGUCGAGGCCGGACAGGUUACGCAGUCGUGGAAGCUUGGCGAAGGUGCCAGCGUGGCCGACCAACAAGUUGGCGUUGUAUGGCCUCACGGCCGAAGUGAUGGUCUGAUCAUAAGUCUCAACCUGGAUGGCGAUCUGACAUACCUGCACGAGGGCAAGCCGGAACCUUCCAAGAUCGUGCAAGGACACAACAAGAGCAUCACAGCCAUGACUGCAGACUCGAGUGGACAGGGCUCCAAGCUUUUGACAGGAAGUUUCGAAGGCCGUGUGUUGAGCUGGGAGGUUUCAUCGGGUGUUGGAUCCGUGGUCGAUGGCCAGACGCAUACAAACCAAGUCAGCCAAAUCUCUUCGAGCGCCGGCAGAGGAUACAGUGUGGGCUGGGACGACACUCUGCGCAUCAUUGACGAGUCGGCAACCACUUUUGCCGGCGAGUCUCUGAAGCUCUCUGGGCAGCCCAAAGGAGUAGCUUCCGCCGAAGGACGCACAUAUGUUGCAACGUUAUCCGGAGUAGAAGUCUAUGUCAAGGAUACUCUUGCAAGCAAGCUUGAUAUCUCUGAUGCGCAGCCGACAUCCAUUGCAGCAUACGGCUCGUCCGUCGCCGUUGGUCUGAGCAACAAUGCUGUUCGUGUCUACCAGGUAGACUCGUCCAACAAACUCUCGCAGUCCGCCGAGGCAAAGAACAGCACUGCGCAAAUCUCGGCCGUGUCAUUCUCCAGGGACGGCUCGCAUCUCGCGGCCGGCAACACAUCAGGCAAGAUCUUUGCUUACAAGACCGCGGACCUCUCAAUUGCAACGGACAGAUGGUCAGCACAUACUGCGAGGGUUACUAGCAUCUCGUGGAACGAAGCUGGCACACAUGCUGUCAGUGGAGCUCUCGACACCAAUGUAUUUGUCUGGAGUCUUUCGAAGCCAGGAAGCAGAGUAAAGGCUCUGAAUGCACACAAGGAUGGGGUGAAUGCCGUGGCUUGGCUAACGGGCGACAAGGUCGCAAGCACAGGUGGAGAUGCUGCGGUCAAGAUUUGGACAACCUCGGGUUUACAAUAA